GGCCAUUGAACUUCCGGGUGAAAAUAUUGUGCAUGAAGAUUUGGUUGCAAAUUCAUUUGGACGAACUUCUCGGUUAACUUAACCUUUUAAAAUGUCUCGAGGCUCAAGUGCAGGGUUCGAUCGACAUAUUACCAUCUUCUCUCCUGAAGGACGACUGUACCAAGUUGAAUAUGCUUUCAAGGCCAUAAACCAAGGUGGGCUCACGUCAGUAGCAGUCAGGGGGAAGGACUGUGCAGUUGUUGUAACACAGAAAAAAGUACCGGACAAGCUUCUGGAUGCCUCCACAGUCACCCACCUUUUCAGAAUAACAGAUAAUAUUGGAUGUGUAAUGUCUGGGAUGACAGCUGACAGUCGGUCCCAAGUCCAGCGAGCCCGCUAUGAAGCAGCCAACUGGCAAUACAAGUACGGUUAUGAGAUUCCAGUGGACAUGCUCUGCAAGAGAAUUGCUGACAUCUCACAAGUCUACACGCAGAAUGCUGAAAUGAGACCACUGGGCUGCUGUAUGAUCGUAAUCGGCAUAGAUGAGGAGCACGGGCCCCAGGUGUACAAAUGUGACCCUGCAGGAUAUUACUGCGGCUUUAAGGCCACAGCCGCCGGGGUGAAGCAGACAGAAGCCACCAGCUUCCUGGAGAAGAAAGUGAAAAAGAAACUGGACUGGACUUUCGAACAAACUGUUGAGACUGCCAUCUCCUGUCUGUCAACUGUUCUCUCCAUUGACUUCAAGCCCUCGGAGCUGGAGGUGGGAGUUCUCACAACGCAGGAUCCAAAGUUCAGGAUUCUGACAGAGACUGAAGUGGACUCCCACCUGAUGUCCCUGGCAGAGCGGGACUGAGCGAGCAGAUAAAGCGUCACCUGUUGGAUUAAGUUUAGAGCAUGAUGGGAAAUCCGUUUCCCAGAUGGAGACUGGUGUUAUCUUUGUUUGCUGUACAUUUACCCCACUGUUUCAUUCAACAAUAAAAAAAAAAAGUUUUUGGAGUAAAAUAA